AUGGAUACAAACUGGAUAGUAAAGAAGCCAUCGAAUGGAUCGAAGAUAGAAUCCAAACAGUUUUUAGCACAUGGGCAUGGGUGGAAGAUGGUUUUAUCGAAUAAGAACAACAAGGUUUAUCUUGCAUUGGAGUACAUUGGAGGUUCGUAUCAUGAUAUAUUUGUGGUAUUCUGGAUUAAUGCUAAUGGACGAGUAUAUGAUGGCCAGUAUCAGUUUUCUAUGUUCAAUGUAGAUACUGGAGUUUAUGUUGAAGAUAGUGACGAGUAUAAUAUUAGAGUGGGAGUGGAUGUAGUGAGUGGGGAAUAUGAUUCGAAGGAGUCGACAGGAUAUAUUGGACUAAAGAACCUUGGAGCAACAUGCUACAUCAACUCGCUGAUUCAGACGCUAUUUGGAAUAAGAAAGUUCAGGAAUGACGUUUAUGCACUGAAUCCAAGCGGAAGAAUGUUGCAUUUGCAAAGGUUGUUCAAGGCGAUGCAAGAGAGUAGGAAGAUGGUUGACACGACGGAGUUUGUUGUCAAUAAUGCAUGGGUUGAUGACAUGCAUGUGCAUCAAGACAUCCAUGAAUUUUCGAAGUUUUUCUUUGAUUUGCUUGAGAAAGAUAGUGGAAACAAAGAGUUUAUUGAGAAGCUUAUACAAGGAGAACAGAUAACCUACAUCAAGGCAGAUUGUGGAUGUUUCCGAAGGAAAGAGGAGAAGUUCCAAGACAUCCAGGUAGAGAUUAAGGACUUUAUGAACAAUAAGUUGGACUUGAGUCUGAUUGAAUCACUGAAGAGAUAUGUGAAAACUGAGCGGUUAGAGGGGAGCAAUCAAUACAGUUGUGAGAAGCAUGGACUUGUUAAUGCAGAAAAGGGAGUGAUGUUUGGAGAGCUUCCUCCAGUGAUUUUUGUAUUACUUAAGCGGUUCUAUUUUAAUCUUAAUACUGAAACGAGAUAUAAAUUAAAUGAUUAUUUUGAGUAUCCUGAUGUAUUGGAUAUGAAGCAAUUUGUGGAUGAGCCUGAAGAGAUUGUGGAUGAGCAGAGAAUUGAUGGUUUAGAAGAAUCAAAGAAUGAGAAUAGAGCUAAUAUGAAUGAAUAUGAACUGUAUUCGGUUAUUGUGCACAGAGGAGAUGUUGAGGAAGGUCAUUUCUAUGCAUACCUGAAGCAUGGAGGAGAGUGGUUGAAAUUCAACGAUGGAGUUGUCACAAAGAGCAGAAAGGAGGAAGUGAUGGAGGGGAACUUUGGAGGAGAGCAUCCGUAUAAAGAUAGAAUGCGUGAAUAUUCUGGGUAUUAUCUUGUAUAUAUCAGGAAGAGUAUGAUCGAAGAGAUCUUGAAUGUUGAAGUUGAGAUUCCUGCAGUGACAGAAGAGAUGUUGAAUAAGGUACAGAGGAAGGUUUCGAUCAAAUGCAUGACUAUUGAAUGUAUAAAGAAUUACAGAGGAAUGGGUUUUUGCAACACAGAGUCUUAUGACUAUCCAUUGAGUGAGCACUUUGAGAUUGAGAUGAGUGAGAAUGACAGUGUGAAGAUGUUGCAUAAUAGUAUUGAGAGGCGGUUGAACAACACCAGAAAGAAGAUAUAUUUGUUUGAAUGUAGCCGUAAGGAAGUGUUUAGUGAAGAAAUUGAGGAUAAGCAAACUGAGUGUGAUGGCGAGCAGGUGUAUGAAGAAGCAAAGAAGAUAAGAAUAGAUGGUGAAGAGUCAAUAGGAGUUAGAUUACAGAUGGAUGUUAAGUUGGUGACUGAUGGAGAUAUUAAUCCUGAUGCAAAUUAUUUUGUUUAUGCAUGUAAUAACAAGGUUGACUUUGAGAAUAGCAAAUUGAUUUUUCUGAAGAUUUUCAACAAUCUUCCGUGGUGCGAGAAUACAUUACCGAUGUCUUUGAGGCUGUGCGCAUGUGUAAGUUUUGAGGGCACUCUUAAGGAGAAUAUGAAUGUGAUACUUGAGAAGACUGGAGCAGAAGAAUUUGUAGUGUUUAGAGAGGCUGAUUAUGCAUCGCCAUUGAGUAUUUCCGCAAGAAUGGAGGAUCUUCCACAAGGCGAUGUUCUUGUUGCUGUGCGAAGAGAGCAUAUUUCAAUAUAUCGGGAUUUUAUGAGGGAUUUCAGUAGACGAGUGUGUGUGAAUGUGCACUGUGGGAUGCAUGGAUUUACUGUUUUUGUUGACAAAAGCUUAGGACUUAGAUCGUUUGAGGAGCGAGUGCAAAAGUUCGUGGGAUCCAAAGACAUGCUCUUGAGUAAAGAAGCUGUAUGUGAGAGCUCUGAUGUGACGACAACAGGUGAAGAUUAUGCAGUGUCUGAUGUUGCAUCUGAGAUUGGGAUGAUGAAUUACUUACAGGAAAAGAAUUCUGUACGAUGUAUUUUAGGAGAAGGCCAACAGAUUGUAUAUGUAACAUUUUGUGAUAAGGAGAUUGAUUACAAUGUGAUUUCGCAUCUGCAUAUAUUUGUGAUGAAGACAGGCAGUACGUCACUUGAGCUGAUUAAGAAUGUUCUUGUGUCGCACUUUAUGUGCUUUUCGCCUGCAAGAGGGCACUCAACAAGGGAUCUGAAGGUGGUGGAUACUGUGAGGGACACGCUGUAUCUUAAGUCGUUUGAUUUGUCGGAAGAGUUCACUGCGAAUGGGAUGUGCGUGGUGCAGGUGUUUUCUGGAAAGGCGAUCAAAACAGCAUACUACACGGGAAUGUACAAGAUAGUAGGUUUUCCGUUCUUUUUGCACACAGAUGCAAAGACUAUUGGGGAAUUCCGGACAACUUACAAGCUGUUUGAAAAGCUGGUGAUGUUUGAUGGGAAGAGUUAUGUUGAUCUUGAGCUUGAAUGUCCGAUGUCAAGAUUCAAUGACGAAUGCUUCUUGCUAAUUAAGAGGCCUUAA